AGCAGCAGGAUUCAGCUGAGGUCGCGUGCGUUACCGUGGUCACAUCGCGCGCCGUAGUGAAACAUGGCGGAGGGGGAGAAGUCGGUGGACGGGCUGCAGUUGAGCACGAAAUGGUGGGAGGCCCCAGACCGCGGGGCUGCAAUACUCAAUUAUAUUGUGGAGCAGGUCCCCCGUAUUUAUUGCCUGGAGGCUGAGCCACAACCAGCAGAAGAGGAACAACGAGUACAGGAACGCAUCCUGCACCCACUGGAGUGCUUCCUGUUCGGAGAGGAUCCGAGGGUUGGCUUGGAGAAACUGGAACAUCGGAAUAGUGGUUCAUCCUCUCAGCUAUGUGGACGUGUUUUUAAGGAGGGCGAGACAGUCUACUCUUGCAGGGACUGUGCCAUUGAUCCAACCUGUGUACUGUGCAUGGACUGCUUUCAGAACAGUGUACACAAAGGACAUCGCUACAAGAUGCAUGGUUCCUCAGGAGGAGGCUUCUGUGACUGUGGGGACUUGGAGGCGUGGAAGACCGGUCCCUGCUGCUCCCAACACGACCCCGGGACUUCUGUGGCCAUGGAGACAGACGACUGUGUCUUGGAGGCAGAACUGCUGGAGCGGGCCCAGAUUCUGUUCCAGGUGUUACUGCAGUACUUCACUGACCUGAUGGUUUGGGAAGAAGAAGAUGAGCUCCCAGAAGAGAUGAAGAAUGGAAUGGAGGAGGACACAUACUAUUGUGUCCUUUACAAUGAUGAGCAACAUUCGUAUGAUCAUGUGAUCUACACGCUUCAGAGGGCCAUCAGCUGUGACCACAAUGAAGCUCACACACACACAGCUCUCAUCGAUAAGGAGGGGCGCAGAGCUGUGAGAAGAGGAACCCAGAGAUCCUGUCAACAAGCUAAAGAUCUUAUCAGGUCAACUGCAGAGCAAAUUACUCAGCAGCCUUUGCGAGUGGAGAUUCUUCACUCAGCUCUGAUGGCCCGUCAGACCUUUGCCCUCAGACUGGGACCUUGGUUUCAGCAGAUCAUUGGGUAUUCAGUGGGUUUCAGGCAGGUGUUUUGCCAGGUGGCCCUGGAGGCCAGUGCUGACGGUGAUAAACCCUGUUUGAUUAGCACACUUAUGCUCCAUGACUCAAGACUCUACAAAGGAGCCCGUAAAGUUAUCCAUGAGAUGAUUUUCUGUAGUCUGCUGAUGGAGACAGAAUAUAAGAGGCAGUUUGCCAUGAAAUUUACUGAGCACUAUAAGCAGUUGCAGAAGGAUUUCAUCAGUGAUGACCAUGAAAGGAACAUCUCAGUCACGGCCCUUUCUGUACAGAUCUUCACUGUUCCCACUCUGGCUAGACAACUGAUUGAAGAGGGUAGUGUGAUAAAGGUGAUCAUAGACACAGUCAUGGAGAUGCUGAGGGAACAUUUGGACAGCAACCAACGCUUCCAUUUUCAGGGCUACAAUUCUGACAAGUUCUUCCGUGUUCAAGUCAUCUUCCAUGACCUCAGGUACAUCCUGAUCAGUAGACCUGCCGUAUGGACUGAGCAGUUGCGGGGAAAGUUCCUAGAAGGUUUCAGUGUCUUUCUGGGACUGCUUAACUGCAUGCAGGGAAUGGAGGAAGUGAAGAGGCAGUUUGGUCAGCACAUUGAGGUGGAGCCAGAAUGGGAGGCGGGUUUUUCCAUACAAAUUCAACUUCGCCACAUUCUCUCGAUGUUUCAGGACUGGUGCUCUUCUGAUGAAAGAGUUUUGCUGCUAGCCUUCCAGGAGUGUCACAGGGCCCUGCUUCGCUGCACUAACCAGCCCUUCCACAGUGAGCCCACUGACAGCUACAUGUGCAAACAUAUCCUCCAUUCACGCCCAUACAAAGUCUCCCAGGAGCCUGUCUCCAUUCACUUGCCCAUCUCCAGACUGCUGGCUGGUCUUUACGUGCUCUUGUGUCAGACAGGAGCUGUCACUUACCUCCCUGACUUUGUGGAUCCAGAGCACUUGGACUUUUGUGCAUUUGCAGAGCAUUCUCUGCGCUGCGUGGUAUUGGUUGCACAGGUGGCUGCUGAAAUGUGGCGUCGAAAUGGCCUCUCCCUUGUCAGCCAGGUGUACUACUAUCAGGAUGUGAAAUGCAGGGAUGAAAUGUUUGAUAAGGAUGCCAUCAUGCUUCAGAUUGCUGCUUCCAAAAUGGACCCAAAUCACUUCAUCAUGCUUGUUCUUCUAAGAUUUGAGCUCUUUGAGGUUUUUAAUGGAAAUUGCUCAAGUAAAGAUCAGGACCUCUUGAAACAGUGGAACAGACUGACAGAAGAAAUGCUGUACUUGUUGAUCAUCAUCAUAGGUGAGCGGUAUGUUCCCGGAAUCAGUACUGUGACUAAAGAGGAUGUGACGAUGAGGGAAGUGAUUCAUCUGCUGUGCAUAGAACCCAUGGCACACAGUAGUCUGGUCAAAGGGCUGCCUGAAAAUGAAAGUCAUGAAACUGGGCUUGAAUCUGUUAUCUCAAAAGUUGCCACUUUCAAGAAACCAGGAGUUUCCGGUCAUGGUUUAUAUGAACUGAAGAAGGAAUGUCUUAAGGAGUUUAAUCCCUUCUUUUACCACUAUACCAAAUCGCAGCAUAGCAAGGCUGAAGAUGCACAGAAGAAGAGAAGGGCCCAAGAAGGGCUCGACAAAGCUCUUCGGCCCCCGGUACCACCUCCUUUUUGCCCCGCCUUCUCCAACAUAGUUUGGCUGCUGUCCUGUGAUGUGUUCAUCCACGUGCUGAGGAGAGUACUGCAGAGAGCUGUGGAGGAGCGCUCCAGUCUGUGGAGUGAAGCCAUGAUUCAAAGGGCCUUGCAUCUUUUAGGACAGGCAUUGAUUGAGGAGAAAACUCAGUUGGAAGCCAGUAAUGUUGAAGAAGUGACAUUUGAUUUUAGUCACAAGGCUCGAACAAUUGGCUCAGAUCAUAACAAGUCAUUGUUCCAUUUCCUGUCCAAAAUGAAGACGUUGCCUUCUCUGGAAGCUCAGAAGGACAUGAUUAAUUGGUUACUACAGAUGUUUGAGAUUGUGAAGUGCCUUCGUGAGAAAUCUAGCCCUACUGCUUUGUGUGAAGUGGACCAUGCUAAGCCUGAGGAGAGCGUUCAGGACAGAAAGAGGAAGGCUGAGGCUGCUAAGCUGCACAGGCAGAAGAUUAUGGCUCAGAUGUCUGCAAUGCAGAAAAACUUCAUUGAGACUCACAAGAUGCUGUAUGACAAUGUGCCUGAGAGCGGAGGCCAGGGAGAAUCAUCGACUUCAAUGGAGAGCAAUGCAAUGGAGCUGGGGGAGAGACGUGUGGCGGUGGGCCCUCAGCAGGGAGUGUGUCCGGCAGACUGGGAAGCUCUUACCUGUAUUCUGUGUCAAGAGGAGCAGGAGGUUCAGGCUCAGGCUCCAGCCAUGGUCCUCACUGCCUGUGUACAGAGAUCUACUGUCCUCACCCAGUACAGAGGCAGAACCCUGUCAACAAAAGAGAGCUCCUACCCUCUGUUCAUGCCUCCUGAUCUAGCUGUGGGCACACACACUGGGAGCUGUGGACACGUCAUGCAUGCCACCUGCUGGCAGAAAUAUUUUGAGGCCGUGCAGAACACCACUCGUAACAGGCUGCAUGCUGAGAUGAUCAUAGACCUGGAGAAUGGAGAGUACAUGUGCCCGCUCUGCAAGUCUCUCUGCAACACUGUGGUCCCACUGAUACCCAUGCAGCUCAACAAACUCAACUAUGAGAGUGCAGAGUUGGUUGGCCAGGUCCUCACUCUUCCUCGUUGGAUACAGAUAGUGCUGGCUCGGAUCAAAGGACUCAGAGCAGCACAAGAAGCUGACAGUGGUAGUGAAACAGCAAAGGAAGAAACUGGGUUCUUCGAGGAUGGCCAAACUGACUUCAGGUCAAUUCUCAGUUUUGGAGUUCAGCCACCGCCAAAGUAUUCAAGCAGUAUAACGGAUAUGCUGGUAGUGUGCGCCACUACGGUGCACAGGGUCGGUCUGCAGACUGCACCCAAUGAAGUUUGCCCUCACGUGCCUGUCAUGACCUGGAACACUUGUGCCUACACCAUCCAGGCUACUGACAACAUGUUGCAGGAGGAGGGAAAAGCUCUUUUUGGUUCUCUGCAGAACAGACAGCUGGCUGGUCUGAAAGCAGUGGUACAGUUCUCAGCAGUCCAGAGACUAAAGAGCUCACAAACUAUCAUACAGAAGCAUUUUAGAGACAUGCUGGCAGCCUUGCUACCUCUCCCUAAUGCAGAAGAGACACCGUCAAUAUUAGAAAUAGACUACUUUCAUUUUUUGGUCGGACUCGUUCUGUCUAUACCUGCUCUGUAUCAAGAGGAGAAUGUUGACCUGCAGCCUUCAGCAAUCAGUACAGCUUACAAUCAUCUUCAUCUAGUGCACUUAGUCACCAUGGCCCAUAUACUGCAGGUCCUGCUGUCCUCACAAGAUUCCAGUGCAAUGAUGGCAGUGAUGGCAGGGGGAGAAGAAGAGGAGGAGGCCAGAGCAGCAGCAGCACUGUACUCUACUUUAUCGCAGCACAUAGAGGGUCUCAGGGCCAGUGUGACUGGUUCCAUGAUUGCAGAGAGAGUAAAGAGAGGUGUUUUACCCUUUCUUCGCUGCGCUGCACUUUUCUUCAAUUGCCUUACAGGAGUGCCCCCUCCAGAGGAGCUCUCCAGUACUGCAGAGUCCUCUGAGAGUCUGCUGCCCUAUCUGUGUAGUUACCUCGCUUUGCCCUGCAACCUUUUCCAGCUCUUCCAGGAUCACAGAGAUACUGUAACUCCUCUAAUACAGAGGUGGUGUGGAAAUGGAGCCAUAUCAAAAGUCCUGAAGGGGGAAAUGAGCACAGUCAGGUAUCCAAGGAAUAGAAACAGGCUGAUCAAUCUUCCUGAAGACUACAGCAUACUGCUUAAUCAGGCCAGUCAUUUUAAGUGUCCAAAGUCUUCGGACGAUGAGAGGAAGCACCCGACGCUCUGUCUGUUCUGUGGCACCAUGCUUUGCUCUCAAAGCCCUUGCUGUCAAGUGCAGCUGGACGGGGAGGAGGUGGGCGCGUGCACAGCCCAUGCUGCCACCUGCGGGGCUGGGGUGGGCAUGUUCCUCAGGGUGAGAGAGUGUGAGAUUGUUUUGAUGGCCAGUAGGACACGUGGAAGUACAUAUCCGGCUCCUUAUCUUGAUGACUAUGGAGAGACAGAUCCUCAACUUGGACGUGGGAACCCCCUGCACCUCUGUCCUGAGCGCUACAGGAAGCUGCACCAGCUGUGGCAGCAGCACUGCAUUCUUGAGGAGAUUGCCCGCAGCUUGGAGGUGCAUAACGUCAUGUUCGCCUUCGAGUGGCAGAUGCUCUGAUGCUCUGAGCUCAGGUUUGGUCAGAGUGGGCCUGCAGAAAGAUGGCUAAUGGACUCCAGGAGGGACCGCCCUUUCCCACAAUCUCUGUUCAGUUCUUUCACGCAGUCCGAUUUCCUCUGUUCCAGUAAAGAGUAGAUGAACUGAAGGGUAGUGACCCAGGAUAUGUAGGAGGGUGGGAUGUACUUUUGGUCUUCUGUUCAUUUAAUUUUGGCUUAGAGUUCUUUUUGUUUUCUUUUAUACUUUUUAAGGAUUCACUUGGCCUGCGUAAGCCAGUUAUUGUAAAACAAGGAAAAGACAUUGCACAUGUAGCUUUUAUUUUCCUUCUCUUGAGCUUGAAGUGUUUCCAUGAGUAAGUAAUGAAGUCUUCAUGCAUUGUUUUUGAAAACUGGAGUAAGGCAGUGUUGUAUUGUCUUACUUGUGUACGCACCUUCUGCGGAAAAUGUUUUCUGUUCUUUUUGCACUUGUGCUUAAAUGCUAUUAUACAUAUCCUGUCCUCCUCUUUGGACUUGUCACCCCUACUCUCUACUGUGUGGAAAAACUGUAUCAGUGUUAAUAUAUCAUACCAAUAUAUGAAUAUAUUAUACAGAGAACCUCUAUAUAAAAGUAUGUCUGUUA